AUGCCUUCCAAAGACAAGAAGUACACCGACCCCAAGUUGAGGGAGGACGUCAAGGAGGAGAUACAGCAAGGCGACAAAGGAGGUGCCCCGGGGCAAUGGUCGGCGCGUAAGGCUCAAAUGAUGGCAAAGGAAUACAAAGCCAGAGGUGGUGAUUACACCACACCCAAGGAGGAUAAGGACGAGUCGCAGAAACACCUGGAUAAGUGGACUGAGGAAGAGUGGCAGACCAAGGAGGGCAGUGCGCAUGCCAAACAAAAAGAUGGGACGCAGAAGAGAUACUUGCCGAAGAAGGCGUGGGAGGAGAUGAAUGAGGAAGAGAAGGAGGAGACGGAGAAGAAGAAGCAGGAAGGUAGCAAGGAAGGCCACCAGUUCGUGCAGAACACUCCACGCGCGAAAUCGGCACGGAAAAACGCCCAUGAGGAUGGAGACCAGGAAGACGAGAAGAAGGGAGAAGACCAGAAGGACGCGUCCAAGAGGAACACCAGGAGUAGCACGAAGAAAGAAGACAAAAAGGAGGAUCAGGGAAAGAAGAAUGGCACCGAGAACCACAAGGCCACGAAAGAUGACGAGAAGAAGGACGACCAGCCGGGCCAAAAACGUAGUCGCACCAAGAGCGACAAGAUCGAUGAAGACAAGGACACCAAGAAGAAGCAGAAGAGUAACUCUGGUGCUGCGAAGUCGAGAUCCGACAAAAGCAGUGACGACGCCCCAGCGCCUCAAGGAUCCAGUUCGAGGCUUCCGAAGAAAGGGCAAGAAGUAUACUGGAAGUCCCCGCAGGGUUUCACUGAUGGUACAGUCGUCGAAGUACUGAAAUCCGGCAAAGAAGUCGACGGUAAACAAGUCAAAGCCAGCAAGGAUGACCCAAGAAUCGUGGUCAAGAGCAGCAAGAGCGGCAAGACUGCCACGCACAAAGCCGAAAGUGUGUAUUUUGAUUGA